AUGUUGGGGCGUAGGGUUGCUAUACUGCAAGUAAAUAGGCGGGUGAUUUCCAGGAAGGCGUUUAUUGGCGCGGAUAUCCCGGAUUCCUUGCUGAACCCUCGAGCAAACGCACCGCUCGCUGGUAGUCUGGCGGCAUCCGCUGACACGUCGUUGGUUAUAGAUCGUGAGACGCUAAUUAAUGGGGUGGCAAGCCCCUUUAGGAACGAGCUGGGUGAGACUAUUAAGGGAAGCAAUGCGCAAGAAUCUCGGCUUGCGGAAGCUACGCUAGCAGGCAUGGCGCCGCGCGGGCAGAUACAGCUCAACCCCGAGAUUGCAAAGGUGAUCCGCAAGAACAUCCUAUCACUGCAUGUGCCUAGUAGCAUCCGGAGCACAGCUGCCAGGCAUUUUGUAGAAAUAUAUGAGCGCAAGAUUCACAGGCCUGCUGCGACGCGCAUGGAGGUGGAUGCGCACGUAGCGGCACUCUUCCUACAAAACUAUGCUGCGAUAUACCAGACCCUGAGCGAACUGCGAAAACGCGUGGGCCCGGGCUUUAACCCCGAACGGGUUCUGGACGUUGGCUAUGGCCCGGCUACGGGUAUCGUAGCGCUGAAUGACUUGAUGGGUCCGGAAUAUCGGCCAUCCGUCAAAGAAGCAGUUAUCCUCAGUCACCCUGACAUGCAGAAACGGGCCAAGAUCAUCCUGAGCAGGCAACUGAAUGAGGUUCCAGACAGCAGCGCUGCUGCUGUAGAGGAACUGUUGGAAACCCAACAGUCAGAAGGUGAAAAUAUGGACGAUAUCCCGGAGGAGGACGAUCUUGUGGGCGAAGUUAUGACCAAGAAAAUCAACAUCAACACCCGCUUACGCAAGGAUGUGCCUGGAUCACAGUACUAUGACCUCAUAAUUGUAACGCACCAGCUCUUAAGGCAGGAAGAGCGGUUCCCCGUCCAAGUCGACGAAAACCUGGAGCACUAUCUAAACCUGCUUGCGCCCGGCGGACAUAUUGUCAUUGUUGAGCGCGGUAACCCAAUGGGAUUUGAAAUCAUAGCCCGUGCAAGACAAAUCAUGCUGCGGCCCGAAAACUAUCCGGAGGAACGCGGUAAAAUUCCCAGACCGUGGAUCCGAGGCUCUACGACGAAGCCAUAUAACUAUACGGUGGUACCUGAGAAACAUACUGAGGGUUCAAACGAAAUUGAAGAAGGGACAGCAUUGUUAAAAGAGAUUACAGAACAGCACGGCGAGGUGAAGGAAGCAGAUCUCGAAUUUGAGCCGGAACUCAUGGAGUCGCUGCGCGAUCGUUCCAGCACGCGGGAGGCCGACUAUCACCUAAAGAUAGUGGCCCCCUGCCCGCAUCAUGGCAAGUGUCCGUUGCAGACAGGCAAGCCAGCAUACUAUGAACUGGACGAGGGUGCAUCGCUCAAGUUUUGUAACUUCCAACAGUCGGUGGAGCGGCCGAAGUACACAAUUGAGCUCAAGAAGGGCAAGGUCUUGGCAACCCCUUGGCAGACACCCACCGAUGCAAUUGGAAUUAAGGGUAAGGCAAAGGCCGGAUCUGGUCGGGAAAACGGCAAAAACAGCGAAGUGGUUAAUUAUUCCUAUCUCAUCGCGGAGCGUGCCCAAAAUGAUUCGGCAACGAUUGCUGCGAUUAAUGCGCAGCGCCAGAGGUCUGGUGCUGCGGAGUCGGGGAGUACUGUUGCCAAUGCUUCGGAGACGUGGCCCCGCGUUAUUCGCCAGCCCACUAAACGCAAGGGGCAUGUGAUGCUCGAUCUAUGCGCGCCUUCCGGCCAAUUUGAAAAGUGGGUUGUCAGCAAGUCUUUCGACAAGCAAGCUUACCACGAUGCCCGGAAGGCGCAGAAAGGUGACCUAUGGGCACUCGAUGCAAAGACGAAAAUCCCUGGCAAGGGCGCCCUGAACGUCGCAAAACUAGAAAAACGGCAUAAGGAACGCAUCAAGGCGGCUAAGUUGGAGAGCAAGGAGAAGAGCCGCAUAGUCCGCGAGGAAGCCGCAGAGCUCGAGGCAGUCGAGGACUCCUCGCCGGCACACAUGGAGGCCACCAUCAAUGCACUGGCCAAUCUGCACGCGGACUCCUUCCGCAGCGCCAGCAAGAAACGCGACAAGAACAGGAAACUCGCCGUGGACGCCAUCCGUAAAUAG